AUGUUCAUGCUAAUACGUAAGCCCGAGCUCAAGCCCGAUUCCAACCCCGACUCCGACGGACUCGCACUUACAAACCUUGGAAGCCGAACUAAAGUCAGCGUUGCAGGACUAGAAGAUGAAUUUGUACAAAACUCCAUAGCCUUCACAAUGAACAUGCUUGCGCUUCCCGCCCACCGAAGCCCCCCUGCCGAUGAGGGUUUGCGCUUCAAGAGCCAGAAGCCCCAGAUUUCUCUAUCUAAUGCUAUCUUAAAGGUCACCCAGCUGUUUCACCAAAGUUAUAAGCGCAGUGUCAAGUCCUAG